AGAGGACUUUUCAUAUAAAAUUAGUUUCGCUUUCCUGAUUUGCACUUUGAGCAGUUCAAGUUUUGCUACAAGCAUUUUACUCAUUCUACAUCUGCUAUUUUUUUAUACCCACACAUAUAUAUCUAUAUAUAUUCAUCUAGUAGUACCCGUCACAACUUUUUACAUCAGUGCUGCCAGUUUGAAGUCUACAUUCCAUACAACCAUUUCACCACAUUUCCGCACUAUCCACACCUAAUACCAAGAACUUUCCGAACCAUCCACACCUGUUUCAGUCAUGUCCACCACAGGAAGAGUACAGCAUGGUACAGGAACGCGAUACGCGCUACAAGAAUCACCAUCAAGCUUUAAUGCAGUAGCUGCUGCCCCUACUGGUACAUUCAUGGAUACCCCAUCUAAAUCUUCAACAAAAGUGAUCACUACUCCUCCAGAGACGUUAUUCAUUGUAAGAAAGAAACAAGGAACUUCUGCUUCAACUACCGCUUCGUUUGAAACACCAAUCAAGACAUCUUCUUCGAUGAGUGGGAAUAUCACGACUACAUCACAUUUAGAUCCUAGUAUUAUCAACCAGAACCACAAAUCCUCGUACCUUUCACCAGCUUUUUCAUCACCUUCCCAGUUUCAUUCAAUCAACCAAUCUAGUCCGAUCAAGAAAAACCAACUGGCACAGUCACUUCCAACUCCUAGUGUAUCUUCAACAGUCAGCAGUACAUCUUCUACAAAGAAGACCAAACCAAAGGAAUCUCCGGCUUUUAAUUUACAUUCCCAUGAUAAACCACCAUAUUCAUAUGCUACGUUGAUUGGAAUUUCCAUAUUGUCGCAUCCAGACAAGAAAUUAACGUUGUCAUCGAUAUACCAAUGGAUUUCCGAUACUUUCAAAUAUUAUAAACGUGAAGAUGUCGGAUGGCAAAACUCUAUUAGACAUAAUUUGUCAUUAAAUAAAGCAUUUAUAAAGGGGGAGAAAUCUAAAGAUGGGAAAGGUCAUUUCUGGUGUAUUAAGCCUGGGUUUGAAGAACAAUUCUUGAAAAGUAGAAGUGUAAAGAAAAGUUCCUAUCAUGAAGUAAUGGACCAAAUAAACCAGGCCAAUAUAAUCAAUGCUAGACUAAAAGCUGAGGCUGAAGCAAAAGCUGCUGCUGCUGCCGCCGCCGCUGCUGCCGCCGAGACUGCCGAAGAAGAUGAACCAGAAUCAGUUUCCAAGGAAAAGACCACUAAUACUGCUGAGUCCAAGGAUUCAAGUUUCAUUAAAGAGAAAUCAUAUUCUAAUAUCCCCUCAUCCCCAACUUAUAUUCGAAAGAGAAAACCUAGUAAUCAUGAUGAUGACACUAGCGAUGAUGAAUACGAUUAUACUUAUAAUGAUGAAGACGAAGAUUUAACUUAUAUUCUUGAUCCACCUACCAAGAAACAAAAGCAUGAUCAUGAGUUAGGACCUCCAUGGGAAAAUGCAUCACAUGAUACCAUUGUUCUUGCAACCCCCAAAACAACAACUAACCCACCAUUUACCAUCAGUGAAUCUCCAAAUAAACCAUUAUUAGCUGGCAAGAAUCUCACAUAUACCUCAUCAUUUAGUUGUAAUUCCAACUUCGAAUUAUCUCCUAUCAGACCAAGUGAAACUGGACCAUUGUUGGAACCGAUCACUCCAGCUAAUUUGCAUAUUCAGAAUCAUCACCAAAUUUUGCAACCGCAACAACAACAUUUAAACCCUUAUAUUCAAUCCAUGAAACUAUCACGUACUCCCAAAUCAAAUAUCAUGAAGACACCAUUAAGAAAUAUCCGUACUCCACAAACAAAUUCCAUGAUUAAGAAAUUAUGGAAUUCCCCUUCAUAUUUAGAAGAUUUUUAUUUCAGUCCCAUGAAUCACAUGUCGCAACAUAAGUUGGCAUUGCCGGUACCUGCUGGUAAUUUACCUUCUUAUGAUGAUGACGAUAUGAUUUUACGCAAUUUAGAACAACAUCAACAUGAAAUUCAAUCUUCGCCAAUAAUACUGGAGGAUAAUAAUAAUGAUGAUGACAAGAGUUCGCCAAAGAAUUUAUAUCAUGAUUUAAAGAAAUUGGAAGGUAAUUCUGCAUAAAAGUUGGGUCAUACAUAUAGUAUAUUUAAUUUAUUGGGGUUGAUUUUAAGGAAAUCAAUGGAGGAAGUCAAGUGUAUAGGUUUGUCUUUAAUAAAUGUAAUAAUUUGUAAUAUUAGAGUUUACCUUUCUCAUACAAGCAUUGAAAAUUAAUUGAUGAUUGAAACAUUGGAUUUAUUUACUAUUCUACCAUUGGUGGUAUUUCUUUUCUUGUAGGCUUGUUAUUAUCGUUUAUUAUGUGUAUUUCUACUCACUGUAUCCCAGCUUGGCUAGAUUAUAAGUAGAUUUUGAGGGGGGGGAGGUGUACUUUAUUUACUUGCUAACUAGUAUGUACUCUCGCUUCAUGGGCUCGCGUGUGGGAUAGAACAGGAAAAGUUGCAUUCGUUGCGGUCCGAUUUUCCUUGCUACACACUACACUGCUUUCAAUGCUCAUAUCUGAACAAGUCUUGACUUGUUUUAUCUCUUGGUUUAUGCUGGGAUCAAACUGUGUUGUCCAAUCUUCUAUGAGAUUUCCUUGAUAAUAAGGGCCACAAUCGUAGUUUACAUUCUCUUCUGAAUAAUGUAUGUAAUUCUAAUCAGUUGAUGCGCAACCUUUACAGCCACAAGUAAUGCAUUCAGUUUUCACUUUAUCUUCAUUGUCAUUUUCAAGUAAUUUCACCUUAGGAACACGACAAAUACAGGUUCCACCAUGAUUCUUUUCCAUAAUGCAAGAAACACAACAUAACUUCUCAUACCCAGGCUUCUUCCAUUUGGCAAUAAGGUCUUUAUUCACAUAGCUCUGCAAAAGAAGCCAAUCAUAUAGCUCCCGAGAGAUACGUUUAUUCACAUACAUAUCAUACACGUAUCGCGAUAUUUGAUGGUCUAUUUGAUAUAUUUUCCAUAGCGAUGCAUGUUUGUUGGUGGUUGUAUCUACUUUUUGGGCUUGUUUUAAUUUAGCUUGGUAUUUGGUUAAGGUCGGCUCAAGUUUAGAAUAUCCCGCUGGUGGAGGGGCAUUCUUCUUGACUUUCUUUAUCUUAGGCAUUGAUUCUUGUAUAGUGUAUGUAUAAAAGAAAGAUGGAGUUAAAGAGAUGAGUCU